AUGGCGGCCGUGGCGGCGCGGCGGCGGACGGGCGGCGGGGAGCGGCGGCGGCAGGGCAGCGCACGGAGGAACGCGAGUCCGCGGGAUGCGCGCGGCGGGCGGCUGUGGGCCGCGUGCUUCGUCUCCGCCGCUCUCGUCGCGGCCGCCGGCGCCUUCCUGGCGUGGAGCUCCUGGAGCACUGAGGACGGCGUCGCCGAGGUGUUGGCCGGGCGAGGGGAGACGCUGCUCGACAAGUUCGUGGAGGUGCCGUGCUCCGGGGACUACGACGGCUACCGGAGGUUUGAAGGGUGCACUCCCAGGAGGUGUGGAAGAGGUGUGAGUGAUGCUGUGAUCACCAGGGAGGAAGCGGAAAGAAUCCGUAGAAUAGCAGAGAGGGGACUGUCCUUGGGAGGAUCAGAUGGAGGGGCAUCAAUUUUGGACUUGCACUCUGGAGCUCUUUCACUAGGGAAGCAAUUUGUUAAUCUGUACAGGUAA